GCGCCUCGUGACUCCAAAUCUGAAUUCUCUCAUCAACCAACACCAUAGAUCCAGCACGACAAUGGCUGGAGGCGGCUGGGACGGUGCUGAGGCAGGGCCUUCGACGGCCGCCAAGUCCGGACAGUCGUCCGUGCCCGAUGUACCAGGCGUGCUUGUUGAAGAGAGAAGGGCCGAGUCGCUGAGAAAUCUCGUCGCCCGAAUAUGUGAUCUCCAACAUCGUCGCUUUCCUGGCGCACAGCCAGUCAGCUUUACUAAAGCCAGCCUUGACCUUCUGAAGACCGAGGACUUCUGGGUCUGCGAGAAGUCGGACGGCCAGAGGGUGUUGAUGCUCAUUGCUUUCAACAAGGUGCAGUCGCAGCAGGAGGUCUACCUCAUCGAUCGAAAGAACAACUAUCGGCAGCAGCACCAGUCCCUUUUCUUCCCCUACCACGAGAUACCGCCCUCGACUCAGGCUCUUCGAACGUUCGAGAUGGCCAUCGUUGGGGACAACCCUACUUUUGGUGUUCGCAAGGAUACACUCCUUGAUGGCGAGCUCGUUUGGGACGAGGGCAGGGACGGAAGGCGUCGAUUGCGCCUUUUACUCUUCGACUGCAUCGUUCUCGAUGGCGAAAAGAUGGCAAGUCGAUCAUUGAGCAAGCGUUAUGGCCGCCUUCGUGAUCGGCUCUUCCCUCCCUACGCCAGGUUCAUGCGUAGCAACCCCAUGGCGGCACGGGAUGCGCCCUUUGAAAUCAAGAUUAAGAAUAUGGAUCUUGCGUACGGCAUCGGCUCCGUUCUGACAACGAGGAUUCCCAAUCUUGAACACGGCAAUGACGGUCUCAUAUUCACCUGCAUCAAUUCCGGCUACGUCUCUGGCACUGACCCAAAAAUCAUCAAGUGGAAGCCACCGUCAGAGAACACUAUCGACUUCAAGCUACGGCUUCGCUUCCCACCUGACCUGUCUACGGAUCCGCGCGGUAACUUGUGCAACUACCGUGCGAAACCUUUUUUCCAGCUCGACGAGUUCAUGGGUGGGGGCCAGUACCGCUACUUUGAUUGGCUGUACGUCGAGGACGAGGAGUGGGAGCGCAUGAAGGCGAGCGAUAUCCAAUUCGACGACCGCGUUGUCGAGUGCUUUUGGGAUCCUCUGAACGGUCCGCUUCUGCAAGGAGAGCAAGAUGGCGGUAAAAGGGGCCCAGCGUGGAGGCUGCACCGAAUAAGAGACGACAAGGAGGACGGCAACCAUUACAGCAUCGUACGCAAGAUUCUGCAGAGCAUCGAAGAGGGUGUUGAGGAGGACGAGCUACUGGCAGAAGAAGGCGCCAUCAGGGCUUCAUGGAAGUCGCAGGAAAGAGAGGCGCUACGAGCCAACAAUGACGGAGGCGGCCACGCACAGGCCUCACACGCUGUGUCAGCCAAGAGAAUGGGGCCUAAUCCACCCAUGAGAGGAACCCCACCUGAGUGGAUCUUGCGACGAUAA